GCAUUUCGCCUUUUCGCUCCCCGGGAGGUUCAUCAUUUUCUUCUUUGUCUAUGGAUAACACCUACAUCAACCAAAAGAAGUUGACUUGUGAAAUUUUGCCGUUUCCUUAGCCUCCGUGCAGUGUUUUUCCUUUCAGGAAGAAUACUACUUCCUCCAUAAGUCAUUAGGUACGUUUGUUGGUCCACAUACCAAGGGACAACUGAUCCAUUACCAUUAUCUUUUAGACUUAUCUCGGCUCAAACUUAUCUUAGAUCUCAACACACAUACGUGAUAAGCAGUGUUAAAUAAGGAUCUCUGUAGCAGCGAUAGAAGUACUCCCUCUCCGUAAAAAAAUAUAAGAUUGUUUAAUAGAAAGAUAUACUACUAACAUUUCGAACGGCUAAGCAGCUGGGCAUAUAUAGGAGCAAAGACCCGCAGGAAUAUGUUGAACGCUAGCACUUCUCUCACGGAUCGCUUCUUCUAGCUCCUCCCGUUCCAUGUGGACACUUGUGCCAUUUUUAUCUCCCUCCGACGCCGCGGCAAAACUUCCCAGCAGCCCGGAAGGUGUAGUACACAUUUUCGGAAUGUUUCAAAUAAAGGGCUCUAUGUAGGCCGAGCACCAAAACGCUGCAUUCAUUAGAUACAUUCGAAGACAAGUAAUUUGGGACGGAGAUUAUAAGGCAAUGCGCAAAGGAAGAAGCUGCUUAUACUUCAUCAGUAACAAGACCAAGGCUGUCUGUUCUUGUAGGAAAAACCAUUCCAAGGACUUCCACUAUCUGAUGGGAUGCAGGAAAGAUAGCAAAGACAGAUCAAUAUAAGUUGACGAGCCUCAUUCACCAUUGGUAUCCAUCACCAUGAAACCAUCAAGCACCAUCACACAUUAAAAAUAAUCAAGCGUUCCACAGGUGAUUUCAAUGCUUGCACUUGUUGGAGCAAGGGAACCGCUUGUUCAAGCACAGACGUGCCACCGUGGUACAAUGCCGCUCAAGUCUCUGGCCAGGCCAAGGCUUUCUCCGGUUACCAUGACCGAAAAAGACAACAAUACACACGACGGUCUAAUUCCCAGUUUGCCGGAAGACAUGGCGAAGAUAUGCCUCGCUCUCGUCCCUCGGAGACACUUCCCUGCCAUGGGUGCAGUGUCCAGGAGGUGGAUGUCGUUCAUCGGCAGCAGAGAGUUCAAUGCUGUCAGGAAGGAGGUUGGGAAGAUUGAAGAGUUGGUCUAUGUCCUUGCUGCUGAAGCUGGAGAAAAUGGGUGUCACUGGGAGGUCUUGGGGGAGCGCAAAAACAGUGCAAUUCCCCCUAUGCCUGGGCUGGCCAAAGUUGGGUUCGGUGUGGUGGUUCUUUAUGGGAAGUUGUAUGUCAUUGCUGGCUAUGCUGCUGUCCAUGGGAAUGACUCUGUUUCUGACGAGGUUUACCAGUACCAUGCUCGGCUCAACAGGUGGGGUGCACUUGCCAAGAUGAAUGUUGCGCGUCGCGACUUCGCCUGCGCCGAGGUCGACGGCACGAUAUACGCUGCCGGUGGAUUCGGCUCCAGCGGCAACAGUUUGUCCAGCGUGGAAGCAUACGAUCCCCGGCAAAACAGAUGGAGGCAGAUCGACGGCCUUCGCAGGCCAAGGUGGGGCUGCUUCGCCAGCGGGUUACACAGCAAGCUCUACAUAAUGGGCGGCCGAUCGAGCUUCACGAUCGGCAACUCCCGCUUCGUCGACGUCUACGAUCCCGGCCGCAGCCGCUGGGAGGAGAUCAAGAGAGGCUGCGUCAUGGUCACCUCGCACGCGGUUGUCGGCGAGACCUUGUUCUGCGUCGAGUGGAAGAACCAGCGCUGCCUCUCGGCGUUCGACCCUUCGGACGGUUCUUGGAAGAAGAUUCCGGUGCCGCUCACUGGCAGUUCGAGCACCAGAUUCUGCCUUGGGGCGCGUGGCGGGAAGCUGCUGCUGCUCUUGCAGGAGGAAGAGGGCGGGUAUCAGACGAUGACGUACGAUCCGGCUGCGGCGCCGGGCUCGGAGUGGGGGACGUCGGAGCUGAAGCCGUCGGGGUUGUGCCUAUGCAGUCUGACCAUUCAGGUUUGAUGAUUCGGCGAGGCCUAUAGUUUUUUUUCGAUUUUAGAGGCCUAUAGCUUCUUUGGCCUAGAUUGGCUUGUAUAUAUCCUCGUGUUCUACUGUUUUUUUUUGAAAGUGCCAGCCUUGGCUGGUGUUUCAUUCAUUUAAGCAGGGAGCAAUGAUAAA